UCAUUGAAAAAAAACAUGAACACCACCACCUUGUGCACUUCGAGAAAAACAAUCAGAAAAUUUUGACAGAGGCCAGCUGAGAUUAGAGAAGGUUGUAAGGCUUUUGGGAAAACUCGAGGAAAAGAUAUUUAUACUGUUGGUAAAGCUAUUAUGAGAUGGGUGCAAACUAAUCGGAAAAUCAAAACAACUUAAUCUUCUGAAGUAUAUAAUUAAGGAUAAGCAAUGAAGAAGCUAUUUUCCAACGCAAUUGGAAAGGUCUUUACUUUCAGCAGGGACCAAGUUACUGUCGAGGACAUAAUUGCUGAAGGUGGCUUUGCUAUUGUGUUCCUGGUAAAGGGCAGGUCGGGCAAGCACUAUGCUCUUAAAAGAAUAUACGUCAACAACGAGCAUGAUUUGAAUAUUUGUAAGCGGGAAAUCAAAAUAAUGUCCACACUGACAGGACACAAGAAUAUAAUCCCAUAUGUUGACUCAUCCAUCACCAAGACAAGUAAUGGGAUCUAUGAAGUUCUCAUCCUUAUGGAAUAUUGUAAAGAUGGUCAUGUUGUACAGUUGAUGAAUGAGCGCUUAAAUGUCGGCUUCAUGGAAUCGGAAGUUCUUAAAAUAUUCUGUGACGUCACUGAAGCUGUGUCGCGUUUGCAUCACUGUCAGACUCCUAUUAUACACAGGGAUUUGAAGGUUGAGAAUGUGCUAAUACAUCAUACUGGAAACUACAUGCUGUGCGAUUUCGGUAGUGCUACAGGGAAAGUCCUACACCCUAAACAACAGGGAGUUCAGAAUAUCAAAGAUGAAAUAGAAAGGUACACAACUUUAAGUUACAGGUCACCUGAGAUGAUUGACCUUUACUCAGAGACUCCAAUCACAACUAAAGCUGAUAUUUGGGCUCUGGGUUGCUUACUGUAUAAACUCUGCUACUUUACACUUCCGUUUGGAGAGAGCAGCCUAGCAAUACAAAAUGGACAUUUCACUAUUCCGGAUGAUUCCAAGUUUUCUCAUGACAUGCAUUGCCUGAUAAAUUACAUGCUUGAAGUUGAUCCAGAUAAGAGACCAGAUAUCUACCAGGUUUCGUACUUAGCAUUCAAACUCAGAGGAAUACCAACACCAGUUCAAAACUUGCAUGGAACCACCCCUCCGGAUCCGAGCUCCCUGGUUCUUCCACUGACAGAAAGUGAAUACAAAGCACAGCAGGGAAGGAACCAAAAGGCAGCUUCAAUAAGCAGGGCUACUGCUGCUCAACCAGAAGUAAGUACAUCAGUGACUCCAAGACAGCGACCAAAGCCUACUCAAAGCUUCAGAUCAGCUAACCCACAUCUUCCUACGCCUAGGAAUAGGCAAAGCACUACCAAUGCCACUGCACAAGCUUCUCAGCAACAGCAACAAACGUUGCAGCAACAUGCUGCCCUCCAGCAACAACAGCAGCAGCAACAACAGCAGCUACAGCAACAACAGCAGCAGCUGCAGCAACAACAACUGCAGCAACAACAGUGGAACCAGCAACAACAAUAUGUGAAGCAACAGCAGUAUCUACAACAGCAACAAUACGUACAACGACAGAAGCAACAACAACUCCAACUCCAACACCAACAACAUCAGUUACAGCAACAGCAACAUCUACAGCAAUUAAAACAACAACAGCAUAUACAGCAACAGCAGUUGCAAAGACAACAGCAGUUACAGAUGCAGCAACAGUUGCAACAACAACAGCAAAUGCAGCAACAGCAACAAAUCCAACAACAACAAAUGCAGCAGCAACAGCAACAAAUGCAACAAGCUCAACUCAUGCAGCAGUAUCAACAAUAUGGUGCACAGCAACAACCGGGAUACUACCCAACCCAACAGACACAGAAUCAGCAAUAUCCUGCAACACCGGCACAACAGUACCCACAAUUCCCGCCGCAGCAGCCAACAUCAUUUCCUCAAGCACAAUUCUCACCGUCACCACAGCAACAAUACUACCAACAGCAGCCUCAAGUAGCCACAUCCCAGCUUGUGGUUAAAGACACUCCAGACUCUCCACCAGCACAACUCCAGAACCCUUUCCCAGCUGCCGAUGGCUCCUCUAAAUCAAUGAACCCGUUUACAGAUGACUUCUGCCUAAUCUCAGAGGACACUGUGCUAGAUCAAGAGUUUGAUGCCUUGAGGAAAACACAAACGGAUGUAUCAAGUGGAGUAAGCAAAGCACAAAACAUGGACAUUCCUGAGCCGCCUCCUGAUGAUACAUCAUUUGAUGCUUUUGGAGCAACCCCAUUUGUAAAAGCCCCAGAGGGAAUUGAUGUCAGUCUACCAUCCAAAUCACAAAGCCCAUUCCAAGAACCUGAAGCUAAGCCAGUUGUAGACAUGUUUGGCAGUACAAUAUUUGUCAAAGAUAUACCCUCACCACCACCAAUGGAUGGCUUUGAAGAUAAUUUCUCCCAGAAAAAAGCAGAUAAUGGAUUUGAAGAUGACUUCACACAAACAUCAGUGAAGGCAUCUGCUGAGGUUGGUUUUGAAGAUAACUUUGGUCCCACCGUUUCUUGUAAUGUUGAUGCUUUUGGAUCGCAUCCAUUUGUUGCCAAAAAUGACUCAAUGAAUGAUUCAGAUUUAAACCAGAAGGGUGAUGUUCAAAGCUUUGGCUACGAUACUUUUGAAGACAGUCAUUCUUAUCAACUGGAAAUGAAAAAGAAAGCAGAAAAACAUAAGCAUCGUGGCAUCUUUGAUGGCAGUGGGUCCUCUGAUGAGGAUGAUGAUAAUUCAGAUUCAGACUCAGACGGUCAUGAAGACGAUCCUGUUGCCAGCAAACCUUUGAUUAACAUUGAUGAAAAUUUAAGCGAUUCAGAACUCUCAGGUUUGAAUUUGCAGGACACCUCAUCAAGACGUUCAAGAGUUGGGCACCAACCUGAUCUUUCUCAGCCUUUAUUUGCAUCACAGAGGACAGCCACCAGCAGGAACACUGCCAGUAGCUGCACACUGACUCCCCCAUUGUCACCACCAAAUGCAGAGGAGACUGAUUUCUUCCGUGAAUCACCAUUUGACACCAAGUUCCUACAACAACCUCAUCAUAAACGUCAGGACAGCACUAGUUCCAAUGGUUCUGAUAUUUUUAGUAAAGCACCAUUUCCAGCAAAGAACCCAGAACCUCAGGCAUCAAAUCCCACACCGCCAACAUCACCAGUGAAACUGGAUCCUUUUGGUGUACAGGCAUUUGCAUCUGAUAUGAAGGGAACAUCUGAAGACCUCUUUGGAGCUGUACCAUUUGAUGCUGUGGCUACUGGCCUUACAGACCCUGGUCCUAGACUUCAUGGCAAACACAAAGUUCAACAGACUCAAGGUUGCACCAAGAAGCAACAUGUUGAUAACUCAGCAGGGGCUGUGAGGAAAUCACGAGGUACCCCUUCAGGAAGCAGACGCCGGCGCAGUGGUAGCAACAGCUCAAGAUCUUCGCGCAAGAGCUCCUCAAGUUCCAACUCACUUAAAUCUAGCCCAAGCACUCUACCCAGAAGACGGAAUUCUGCCGAUAGCCUAGAUGCAUUUGGUUCUCGACCCUUCAAUCCACACUCAUCUGACAGCACCCGAGAACGAUCCCAUAGCGAUGACACUGUCAAUGUUGUUGUGGAUAGUGGUAUCACAAUCACUAAUGAAUUUGAUGACUUUGACCCCCGUGCAGCAUCCACCAUCACAACUCCUACUGUCAAUAUCCCCCAGAGCCCACAUUUCGACCCCUUUGGUGCAGCCCCUUUCAAACCACCUGUAAAAACAUUUGUAGAGUCCACUGAAAACCCAGCGAUAAAACGCCAAAAUGCGAAGAAGGGUCGUAGGCUACCACAGGCACCAAGUAUUUAGGAAUAUUGUGCUGAUUUCAGGCUAAGAAAUAUCUGAUAUUUUCACAGUUGUCAGUUGUGCAAUUAUGCCAGUAAAUUGAAUAAACCCAUUAGAAUCUCUGAUGUAUAUUCACUAAAUGUGUUCCUAUAAUGUUCAGUUGGUCUGCUACUUAGGAUUAAAGUAGCAGUUCCACGGAUUAACAUGAUUAAUAUGGGGCCAGCUUUCUUACUUAUGACUGGUGAAGAUGUGGACCUGAACUCCCAUUGCUGAUUGAGUGUCUUGCCCUCAGUGACCUUUAGACUAGUGAGCCAAAAUCCAAGUCUUAUGUCUCAUUCUGCAUUUUAGUUUUUUAGGGAACAAGUUCAUUUAGAGAAUUGUGAACAAAUAUUACAGAGUACCAGUGCGAUGAAAUUUAGUAUAAUGCCAGUGUAUGAUAAGUGGUAAUAAAAGUAGAAAAUAAAAAGCAAUACAGUUACAUUGCUAUGUAAUAAAUGAAAUAAUAUAGUUUGAAUAUUUACUUGUAUUUAUCAUAGGGAUAAGAAAUAUCUAAGUGGCAUUAGAUUGUUAAUGUAUGGACUUUAUAUAAUAAUUAGUUCAAUAUAUGCUUAUACAGUUUAAUUCCACAUGAGCACCUAGUGAAAUGGAGGGCAUCAGCUGUCAUAAUUUGGUUAUUCUAUCAAGUUAAUAAUAUAUCAGUGAAUUGAUUUUUAGGUUUAAGCCACUAGAAAAUGAUUUGGGUUCAAUUGUUGUCCAUUCCUUGAUCAACUUAUUUUUUAUAAUACCUGUUUAAGAUGUUUUAUUAUAAUUAUUGACGAUGUUAUUUCCAGUACAGAAACCUCUCAUUAAGUAAAGUUCCACUGGAGAGAUAUUACAAAGCAUUUCUUAUUUCUUGGGUGAAAACUGAAGUGUAUGUGUUUAGUUAACCCCUCCCCACUUCCCCAAAUAUCUUACGAAACCUUUCAGACAAAUGAAAAUUAUUCCAAAGUUAAUACUUGUGUUCAAAUGUAAUGUUCAUCAUAUGAUUUAAUAUUAAGAUGGACUUGUGUUCGUUUACGUGAUGGGGUUGAAUCAACUAAUUUAAUAUUUUAAGUGAUGAUGACAGAGGCAAUUAAGGUCCAACCAAUGAAUUACUUUUAGGAAUUAAUUUUAAGUUGAUUUUGCCUUUUCUCUAAUGUUUUCUGUUUGUUUCUGUAAUUUUAUAGUGUGCAUGCAACUUGAUUGAAAAUUGACAAUAAGUCACGGAACCAGUGCAAGUGCUUUUUAAUUUAACAAAGUGAAUCUGAAGACUUGACAGUUAAAAUGCAGUUUAUUUCCCUGAGUGUUAUUGUCAGUAAUUGUUUAUUUACCAACUUAUUGGUUUCAUAUAUGGUAGCUAUAAUUAAUAGUCAUAUGUUUCAAUUUUAUUUAAUGAAAUGCAGAUGAUUUUAUGUUAAUUUUAAACAUCUAAUUUUGGAUUUUUUUUUUUUUUUUAUAAUUUUUUUGUCAGUACUGUACAAGUUUUUUUGUACUCAAGACCACAUGUCUCAUUUUAUAAAGCACCCUAUAUUAUAAUUAGAUUAAACAAAUAUUUUAUUUAUCCUGUAAUCAGCUUCAUAAAACCAAGAAUUCCAAGAA